AUGGUGUUGCAGAUUGACUCAGUGUGGGGUUGGGCGUCACCCCCGUUGCGCCUACAACUAGCUGGAGGUAGCCGAGGGGCCUCGGGAAACGUGGCUGCCCAAGCAUCCUCUCAGAGGAUGGGUGAAAUGGUCGUUGAACGAGCUCCAUCGCCGGCACGCCUCAGUCAUACUUCCGAGAAGCAUCCUCGUGCUACCUUAACAGAAUUGAAUGUAUUGAGACGGCAUCGAGAACUCUGCGAUGUUGUACUGAAUGUUGGUACCAGGAAGAUAUUUGCUCAUCGAGUUAUUUUGUCAGCAUGUAGUCCUUAUUUUAGAGCAAUGUUUACUGGAGAAUUGGCAGAGUCACGGCAAACAGAAGUCACAAUAAGAGACAUUGAUGAAGUUGCUAUGGAGCUUCUGAUUGAUUUUUGUUAUACAUCUCACAUAAUUGUUGAAGAAGCUAACGUUCAAACACUGCUUCCAGCUGCUUGUCUUCUACAACUCGCUGAAAUUCAAGAUAUUUGUUGUGAAUUUUUAAAACGACAGCUGGAUCCAUCAAAUUGUUUAGGAAUCCGAGCAUUCGCUGAUACUCAUUCAUGUCGCGAAUUAUUGAGGAUCGCUGAUAAAUUCACUCAACAUAAUUUUCAAGAAGUUAUGGAGAGUGAAGAAUUUCUUCUUUUACCAGUUAGUCAGUUGGUAGAUAUCGUAUCCUCUGAUGAAUUAAAUGUGAGGACAGAAGAACAAGUUUUUAGCGCUGUGAUGAAUUGGGUUAAGUACAAUGUAACUGAAAGACGGCAGCAUUUAGCUCAAGUACUUCAACACGUAAGAUUACCGCUACUAAGCCCGAAAUUCUUAGUGGGUACUGUAGGAUCUGACUUGCUCGUCCGGUCAGAUGAUGCGUGUCGAGAUCUUGUAGAUGAGGCUAAAAACUAUCUUUUACUUCCUCAAGAGCGACCAUUAAUGCAGGGUCCAAGAACACGUCCUCGGAAACCAACAAGGAGAGGUGAAGUUUUAUUUGCUGUAGGUGGUUGGUGCUCUGGUGAUGCAAUAGCUUCAGUUGAGCGUUUUGAUCCAAAUACUGCUGAUUGGAAAAUGGUAGCACCGAUGAGUAAAAGAAGAUGCGGUGUUGGUGUUGCUGUUUUAAAUGAUUUACUUUAUGCGGUUGGUGGACAUGACGGUCAAAGUUAUUUAAACAGUAUAGAAAGAUAUGAUCCUCAAACGAAUCAAUGGUCGUGUGACGUUGCACCAACAACCUCAUGUAGAACUAGUGUUGGUGUAGCAGUUCUUGAUGGGUUUCUUUAUGCCGUUGGGGGUCAAGAUGGUGUACAAUGCUUGAAUCAUGUUGAAAGGUAUGAUCCCAAGGAAAAUAAAUGGUUUAAAGUAUCACCUAUGACAACCCGUCGGCUUGGAGUGGCUGUUGCUGUACUUGGUGGAUAUCUCUAUGCUAUUGGCGGAUCAGACGGACAAUCACCAUUAAAUACUGUGGAAAGGUAUGAUCCAAGACAAAACAAAUGGUCGCAAGUUUCACCAAUGUCCACUAGACGAAAACAUUUAGGUUGUGCUGUAUUUAACAAUCUCAUUUAUGCUGUGGGAGGAAGAGAUGAUUGCAUGGAAUUAUCAAGUGCUGAACGAUAUAAUCCACAUACUAAUUCUUGGAGUCCCAUCGUCGCUAUGACAUCUAGAAGAAGUGGAGUUGGUUUAGCCGUUGUUAAUGGUCAACUCUAUGCUGUUGGAGGCUUUGAUGGUACCGCUUAUCUGAAAACUAUAGAAGUUUAUGAUCCUGAACAAAAUCAGUGGAGAUUGUGUGGUUGUAUGAAUUAUAGAAGACUCGGAGGUGGUGUAGGCCUCAGGCCCCCCUCUUCGGCCUCGACGGCUGAAACACCUUUAACUCCUGUGACUCCUUCAACACCAUUAACACCGCUUUCAGGACCAUAUGUUCGUAAAUAA